AUGGAAAAGUAUGAGAAUUUAGGACUCGUGGGUGAAGGCAGCUAUGGCAUGGUGAUAAAGUGCAGAAACAAAGAGAAUGGUAGAAUCGUUGCUGUGAAGAAGUUUCUGGAGAGCGAGGAUGAUAAAACGGUGAAGAAAAUUGCCCUCCGGGAAAUAAAGAUGCUGAAGCAACUCAGACAUGAGAAUUUAGUUAACCUGCUUGAAGUGUGCAAAAAGAAGAAGCGGUGGUAUCUUGUGUUUGAAUUUGUGGACCGAACCGUUUUAGAUGACUUGGAGCAGUAUCCCAAUGGGCUGGACUACACCAGGGUCCGUAAAUACCUCUUUCAGAUCCUGAGGGCCGUCACAUUUUGCCAUCAACACCAUAUCAUCCAUCGAGAUAUCAAACCGGAGAACAUCCUGGUCUCUCAGUCUGGGGUUGUCAAGCUCUGUGACUUUGGCUUUGCAAGGACAAUGGCAGCCCCUGGCGAGGUUUACACCGACUACGUGGCCACACGGUGGUACAGGGCUCCCGAGCUAUUAGUUGGAGAUACAAAGUAUGGCAAGGCGGUGGAUAUAUGGGCCAUCGGUUGCCUGUUUGUGGAGAUGCUCACAGGGGAACCCCUGUUUCCUGGAGACUCAGACAUUGACCAGCUGUAUCACAUCAUGAGGUGCUUCGGAAAUUUGACCCCCAGACAUCAGGAGCUCUUCUAUAAAAACCCAGUCUUCACUGGGGUUUGCUUGCCUGAGGUUACAGAAAGAGAGCCUCUUGAAAAGCGUUUUCCGAAGCUUUCGGCUGUGGUGUCUGACUUAACAAAGAAGUGUUUGCAGAUUGACCCAGAUAUGAGGCCUUCCUCUGCUGACCUACUGCAACAUGAAUUCUUCACCAAAGAUGGCUUUCCUGCAAGGUUUACUCAGGAGCUGAGUUCCAAGAUUCAGAAGGACCUUAAGGACAACUCUCCCCUGCCUAAAAUGUCAAAAAUGACAAAGAAGGACAAAGAGGACUCUUCGAUGGACGAUAAGAUCAUGACAUUCAGGGAUUCCAAUGCCAAUGUCAAAGUCAAAGAAAGCAGGCAUGAUGUCAAAGCUCCAAAAGCCCCGGAGUCAAAAGUGGAGUGUGAAAAGGAAAAAGAGACUCUAGGUACCAAACACAGACCUGAAGAUAUGGAAAAAUCCUCAGAGAGCGGGGUAAACCUUGGCAGGGCGCCACCAGGGAAAGAUCUGAACCCUGAGCAUCUGAAAACCACUGCAGCCAUACCUCCCAUUUCCCACAAUCCCCUGGCUAUCAUAACCAAUGGCCUUAACAUGAGCACGGGGGCCGGGCUCUCUGUGGGGCCUCCAGGGCUACGAUCUAUUGACAAAUCAAAACGGCAGGGAAAUAUCUUCAACAGAAUAUCCCAGCAGUCUUCCAGUCACUACAGUGGAAACCUUUCUGGGAAGGUUACCUCUGAAAAGAGUGUUAUCCACGAGCGAUCAUUUUUAUCUGACCGAACAGGAAACGGGGCCAAGAAGAAAGGGGAGAAUUACAGGGCAGAUGUGUACUUUCCCGAGCUGAAGACCAGCCUCCUUCCUGAGCUGAGAGGGGCUGAAGGUAAACAUUCAAAGAUAACUAAAAAGGAACACAAAAAAGACUGCCGCAUACCUUCAAUAACUGCAAUGGACGUCCAUUCUAACGGAGCUAUGUGA